ACGAAAGUCUCCCCGCGGUGCGCAGCUCCGUUCAGACUUCAGACCAGAGAUUAGGGGAGCAUUAAAGCAUCCUACCAGUCAACCCCCUCUCCAGUCCUCUUCCUCCCUGUGCGCGAAGAAGGGAAGCCUCCGUUUUUAUUUAUACAACGGAGUACUCCAUAGUUCCGGCUGACCUGACUAGAAGUCUAGCGGUGAACGCGUGCUGGAAUCCCGAGAACUGGAGUUGGAGUUCCGGGAAAGAAACAGGGAGAGAGAAGACGACGACGGGUUGCACAAGUCUCCGAGCCUGCAUGAUCCGUUGCGGCUGGGAAGAAGGAGUGGUGGAAAGAACGAGGAGGAACGGGAAAGAUGCAGGAUUCAGGUAUUAGAGCAUAGAAGAACUUUAAAAGCAUUGUAGUUUUGUGGUAACUGGUAUCUACAGCCAGGUGUUCCUUUUGCUUUGGGUGAUGUCCUUGGCCUUUCUUGUUUGAUGGCAAGUGCAAACACCGGAGGAUUUCGCCUCGUGAGGUGCCCAAAGUGUCUUAAUAUUCUACCAGAACCUGCCAAUGUUUCUGUCUACCAGUGUGGUGGAUGUAACACCACUCUUAGAGCUAAAGUCAGUGUCAGCAAUGCACAAAAUGUGGCCAAAAAACAAGUCCGGCAAGACUCUGACAAUUACUCUGUUGUUACCUCUGUGAGCAAUGGUGUGUCGCCCGAAAACAAAGAUCUGGGUUCCAUUGUUGCUGACGUAGAUGAUUCCUGUACUCCUGAUGCUCCAAGCAACGAGACCGAGUGCGAGAGCAAUGUCAAGGCAAGCAAUGAGAGUGGUGGUGUUAUGUCAGAUGAGAAGAAUGCCAUGGAGGUUACAAAUACUGAGAACAAGGAAGACCGUAAAUCUGAUGGCAGGGACACCAAUGAAGAAACGGAAGUUCCUGCUCUCCAGACACACCCGAAUGGGAAUGACACACAUACAGAUUCUGAUGAAGAGGAGAGCAACACUGUGGAGCGAAGUGCAGAGAAUCCUCCUUCAAAAAAAAGUGCAGAUAAUCCAGAGGCUUGCAGAGUAAUCGAAGUCAGCCAUAUGGAGUGCAGCCUGAAUACCUCUGAGCACAACAAACCGUUAUCCGAGGAUCGAAAAUUAGUUAUAAACUUGCCAGAACCUGAGAAUGGAGCAUGCCAAACUGAACCCGUGACAAACAAGAGAACUAAGCUUGUAAGGGUGCAAUCUCGGUCUUGUGAUCUCCGAGAUAGAGUAUCAGUUGACUCACUUGAUUUCCAAUCUUCCCGGACUUCAUUCCAAUCAAAAAGCUUCCGGGCAAGUGAACCCCUCCAAUCAAAGAUAAUGAAGACAGUGGAUGAUCUGAAAGGUGACCUUUGUGAAAUUUUCAAUGAACCUUCAGAUUGCAAGCCAAGGACACACCCUCCACAUCCUCGGAAACAAGAUGGCUACAUGCCCCAUGUAGCCAUCACAUCCAGUCUACCCCUUACAGCUUAUCAUCCUGCUGCCAAACAUUCUGGCCAUGCAUCUCGCCUGAGUAGGUCUGGCCAAGUUGCUCCCCAUGACCAUGAGCAACCAUUACCGCGAUAUCGUCGGCACAGUGCCUAUUCAUAUAAUCACACUGGCCAAAUGGAAAUGAUGCGGUGCCCUCAUGAAUGCUGCCAUAGCUACCGGCCACCUUGUUGCAGCUCCUGGAAACAAGAACGUGCACUGCAUAAGCCACCUGUCAAGGAGAUAAAGAGACGGCCUCCCCCGAGAAAUCUCUGCCGGCCAGUCCUACGGGGCGCACCAUUCAUCCUUUGCUCGAACUGUCUCAGGCUGGUCCAGCUGCCCACCGGUUUUGCCGUUCCAAGCAGAGGAACACGCAGGCUGCAGUGUGGCUCCUGCUCACAGGUUCUCUCCUACUCCUACAGAGACCCAAGCAGAAAAAAACUUCAGUCACCAUUUGGAGGGGAUGAGUCCAGCAGCACAGAUGAUUACGAAAUCCACCAGGCAGCUGAUGACUUCAACACUGGUGCCCAUCAAGCAGACCCAUACUCCUACUCAGAAGAAUAUGGUCAGUCAGCUGGUGCAAGCUAUUCUACUGAGGACGAACAACCCUUGCAUGUGUCAAGAAACUCAUCUUUCAACACCAUGGAUGAAAGAAGUGGCAAAGAGUCUAAGCUUCAUAGAUUGAUGGGGUACUCUUCAGCGAGUGAGUUGAUGCGGCAUUCCCCUGAUCUCUAUGAGAGUUUCAGCAGAAGAACGCCUAACAUGAGACCACAUGACAUGAAGGGGAAAGGCGUUUGCGUGACCGACGAUGAUUCAGCUGCAGAACAUACUGCAAUGAAGGGAUCAAAAGCAAAAGAGAGAAGUGUAGGCUUGCCAUUCCAAGGAAUGCUGAAGAAAGGCAUUCAUGGACUGGAAUCUCUGAAGUUGAGGUCAUAGCGAAUUUGACUUCGUUUUCCAGGAUUUUGGCGAGUUAGGAAAGAAGCAUACACUCAGGUUUAGUACUCCCUCCGACCGGUAUUACUUGUCUCAAAUUUGCCCAAAUACGGAUGUAUCUAUGUGUAAAAAGCAUCUAGAUACAUGUAAUAUUUCGACAAGUAAUUCUGGCCGGAGGGAGUACGUUUUUUGUGAUGCUGAUAGGUAGGGUGACAUGUAUUUUAGUAGCAGUUAAACAUUCUAAUCGGUGUGUGAGCUUGCUGUGUUCUUUUGCCAUUCGUCUGUCCACGAGGUUACUUGUUUGUCAAAUCUGUGUGCUCUUUGAUGUGUGUAUAGCUUUUCGAGUUCAAACACUCAAAGUUGUGAUUGUAUAGACGGACGAAUUUGUGCUUUCGUUAA